AUGGGACAUGCGACGACUACAGUUCGGAUUAUAUCCGCAGAGAAUGUGAGAAAAAUUUUAAAGGCAUGGGAUUUCGAUGAAACGGUAAUCAACUCAUGGUAUAAUGAUGUAGAAGUUCCGGUGGAAGAAAAUGAUACGUUUUAUGUCGCUAGAAUAGCGAUUCUUUGUGGAAUGAAACACUUUCAUGCAAGUGAUUGUCCUAUCAUUAACGCACCUCACGCCAAGAUUCAUCUUCGACUCACAGAUAAGAAUCAUGCAUGGAUGGUAAAUGCACUAUCCUACCGUAUUUUAACGAAACAAUUUUGUCAGCAAAAGGCGGUUUUUCCUUCUUAUCUCUAUUCUCUUAACAUUCAAACGGCCGCUCUUUUUACUUCAUAUGGUAUUGCCAGCUUAAAGUUGCUCAUUAGUGCGUGCCACAGCUUAAGGGUAUUGGCUAUAAGCGAUAUAGUGGACGAUGAACUGGUCAAAAUUAUAACAAUCUCGUGUCCCUCCCUUCGUUGCAUAAGAUUAUCCUCGUGUGAUGGCGUAACUGAUGAUUCACUAGAAUUGAUUGCGAAAACAUAUCCUCAUCUUCUGUCAUUAGACUUGGGUGGUGAUAGCUGUCCCAUUUCAGAUGCAGGCAUCAAAUCAUUAACACAAUCGUGUACCGAGCACAAGCCAUUGAUCUCGAUAACUGCGAAAUGCAAUGUUAGUGACAAGACUAUGUCUGUUAUCACUGAAUCUUGUCCACAAUUGAGAGCUCUAGAUGUUUGUAGUAAAAUUCUAACCGAUGAGCCUGUUAUCGCUCUUAUCGAGUCAUGCAGAAAGGUAGAAGACUUAGUACUUCAUUAUCGCAAUAUGACUACUUCUGUCAUAAAUACCAUUGCGCAAAAUUGUCCUGUUUUGCGUUUACUUGACGUGGAAUGUGACCAGGAAUUAAGUGUAGACUCGAUAGGAACAUUACUUAGAGGUUGUACGAUUCGAGGUCGUUUGGCUUUACCGGAAAACGUUGCACUAAAUUCAGAUAUAGACAAGUUAGUAUCCAAACUUGCUCCUCAUUUGAUGAAACGUUCCCAGGAAUAUGGAUCUCUAAAUCAUGGGACAUAUACUCUAUACGAGAUGAGUUAG